AUGUUCUUUUCAAUAUCUUCAGUUGCGACUUUACGCAAGUCAGCAGCAGGCGCGUCGCGCAGGUUUCUACGGAAUCGACGGGGUCUAUUGACUCUUGCAAUCGAAACGUCAUGUGACGACACAUCAGUCGCGAUCGUCGAGAAAAAGAAUGAGAGCCCUGUCGCUAGCAAUGCCAAAAUUCACUUCCUUGAGAAUAUAACCUGCGACUCACGAGCGCACCGCGGCAUUCAUCCGAUCUUAGCCCUCGAGUCCCAUCAAGAGAAUCUCGCGAGCCUCGUCGACAAAGCCCUUAGAUACCUGCCGGCCUCAAAAGAUGGAGAUAAAUCGAUAAACCUAGCGGAUGGAUCGAGCCGCCAGCGACCGGAUUUCAUUUCAGCAACUCGAGGGCCCGGAAUGCGUUCCAACCUGUCAGUUGGGCUCGACACUGGGAAAGCUCUCUCGGUUGCUUGGCAAAUUCCUAUGGUCGGAGUACACCAUAUGCAAGCACACUUGUUGACCCCUCGGCUGGUAUCAUGCUUGAAUAAAGGCAAUGGCGCAGUGACACCAGGGGCCGUGGGACCCCAAUUCCCAUUCCUGUCCAUUCUUGUCUCGGGCGGCCACUCGAUCCUCGUACACUCCAAGUCUCUCACAGACCACACCAUCAUGGCUUCUAGUGAUGACAUUGCGAUGGGCGAAACUUUGGACAAGUCGGCUCGCGAGAUCCUCCCUGCGACCUUGCUACAAGAGGCAAAGAAUACCAUGUAUGGCAAAGCUUUGGAACAGUUUGUCUUCCCCAACGGCCCCGCCGAUUUUGCGGAUUACCGCCCCCCAAUGAACCGGGGUGAGGAGGUAAUCAAGCGCAAGAGCCCGUGGGGCUGGAGCGUGACUACGCCAUUCGCCAACACCCGGACUUUACAACUAAGCUUCUCGUCUGUCUCAAGUAUGGUAAACAAGAUUGUCAAAGACAGGGAGGGCCAAUUAUCUCACGAUGAGCGCGUCGACCUUGGACGGGAGGCGAUGCGUGUCUGCUUUGAGCACCUUGCAUCCCGAACUAUUAUUGCGCUGGAAACUCUUCGAGUGAGGAACCGCGACGAAAAUGAGAUCAAGACACUCGUUGUGAGUGGUGGCGUUGCGGCGAACAAGUUCCUUAUGGCUGUUUUGCGCUCGUUCUUAGACGUGCGCGGAUACGAACAUAUGAAGAUUGUUGCGCCACCUCCAUAUCUGUGUACUGAUAAUGCUGCUAUGAUUGGAUGGGCAGGUAUUGAAAUGUUUGAGGCUGGUUGGCGGACGGAUCUAAGCUGUCGCGCUCUCCGCAAAUGGACCCUUGAUCGACAGGCCGAUGAUGGUGGAGUUCUAGGGCCUGGCGGGUGGAUCAUGGAUGGAACAGCUCUUUGA